CCAGCCCAGCUAAGGGAGGGGUUCAGCAGCUGAAACUGCGCAUGCUCCUUGCGAGCCCCGGUCGGGGGGGAGGGAGGAUGAAGCUGCUGCUGCCGCCUCCGUGUGAGCCGGUGUCUGACUGAGAUCAGGGCUCUUAGCGUACUGAGCAUGGCCCUGUUCUGCCAGAUGUUGCAGAGACCCUAGCUGAGAUCUGGGCCCUGUUCUGCCGGGCACUGAAGAGACCCCAGGCUACAGAAUAACAUCCACGUUUUGCUCCAGAUCAUCCCAUCCUCCCAGGGGGAAGGCAAUGGCUGCAAUGGAGCUGGCUCAGGGGCCGGUGACCUUCGAGGAGGUGGCUGUGUAUUUCACCAAGGAGGAAUGGGCUCUGCUGGACCCCACUCAGAGAGCCCUCUACAGGGAUGUCAUGCAGGAGAACUAUGAGAUGGUGGUCUUGCUGGGGUUUCUAAAUUCCAAACCUGAUGUGAUCUCACAACUGGAACGAGGGGAAGAGCCAUGGAUCGUCGACCUCCAGGGCUCUGAGAAAGAAGUGCUCCCGAGAGCUGCCUGCACAGGUGAUGUGACGGUGAGUGAGAAUGAGGAGCAGAAACCCCAGCAGGAAGAUGCUGAGGAAGGAGAACCACAUGGAACGUUAUCAGGAAGACCCAAAGGGAAUGUUUCUGGGAUUUGUGCACUCCAAGAAAAAGCCAAUUCUUGUGAUGCUCAAGAGAGGCCAAAGGAAAACUUCAGUAGCCACUCAGACCUUAUAACAUGCGACAGAAUCAACUUGGAAGAGACACGCUACAUGUGCCAUGAGUGCGGGGAAAGCUUCAAUCGGAGCUCUGCCCUUAUCACACAUCGUAGAAUCCACACAGGGGAAAUGCCCCACACGUGCGCUGAGUGCGGGAAAAGGUUCAAUAGGCGCUCAAAGUUUAUCAGACAUCAGAAAAUCCACACAGGAGAGACGCCCCACACAUGCUCUGAGUGCGGGAAAAGCUUCAAUGACCGCCCACACCUUAUCAGACAUCGUAGAAUCCACACAGGGGAGACGCCCCACACAUGCUCCGAAUGUGGGAAAAGCUUUGAUCGGCGCUCAAACCUUAUCAGACAUUGUAGAAUCCAUACAGGUGAGACACCCCACACGUGCUCUGAGUGUGGGAAAAGCUUCAAUAGAAGCUCAAACCUUAUCACACACCAGAGAAUCCACACAGGGGAGAAGCCCUACACAUGUGCUGAGUGUGGGAGAAGCUUCAAUCGGCACUCACACCUCAUUACACAUCGUAGAAUCCACACGGGAGAGACGCGCUACAUAUGCUCUGAGUGUGGGAAAAGCUUCAGUGACAUCUCUGCCCUUAUCACACAUCAGAGAAUCCACAACGGAGAUAUGCCCUACACAUGCUCAGAGUGUGGGAAAAGCUUCCGUUGGCACUCAUACCUGAUCAGACAUCAGAGAAUCCACACAGGGGAGAAGCCCUACACAUGUUCAGAGUGCGGGAAAAGCUUCAGUCAGCGCUCUACCCUUAACGCACAUCAAAGAAUCCACACAAGAGCGACGCGCUAUCCAUGCCCUGAGUGCGGGAAAAGCUUCAGUCGAAGCUCAGACCUUAUCAGACAUCAGAGAAUCCACACAAGAGGAAACUCCUUACACAUCAGGCCCGCACAACUCAUAAAGUAGCAAGGACUAUAUUGCUCCAAAGAAAACAGCUGAGGGCUGAAACCACCUGGCCCCGCGGAAACACCACACCCCCCAGUGCCGCCCGGCCCUGUGGAAACUCCCCCCUAGCAUUGCCUAGCUCCAUGGAAACAAACCCUCCUUCCCUAGCACCAACCCACUGAAACAGCUGUGGGCCGAAAAGGAAGGCUGGGGGGCUGUGAUACUUUAUUAAGAAAUUUUCAAUUAAAGCAAACAAUUUUUUUAAUUAUUUUAAUUUUUUUAUGAAUUGUAUAAAAAUGAAAAACACAUGUUUCCUUGAAAGAAAACAUUUGUACUUUUCAUAAUUACCUUGCAAAUGUAAUGAGAGAUAGUACAUCUCUUUUGGGCAACAAGCUUGUCACAUUCGCGGGUCAUAUUUGAAGUGGAUAUUUUCAUAAUGUUUUCCAAAUGGUCAUUAGUCAGAGAAGAACGUAGCUUGUUUUUAUUCGUGUUCAUGAUGGAAAAUGUUCACAUAUGUAAGUGCUUUCAAAAAUGCUGAACGUUUUCAGUGCAACUUCAAUAAGAUUCUUGUAUUUUUCAUUGUCCAGACUUUUGUAGAAGUCCCGCAGGCUGCUUUCUCUGUGCUUAUUUCGGUAAACUGCCGAACAUGGAAAUUCAGUAAUCUCCAACUGCAAAUUUAGUGGCACUUCUCUGGAUCCACAAAAAAGGGAUCUUCAAUCAGCUUCAACUGGAUGUCUUCUUCUUUAGACAAAGUAAGUCUUCUGUCAAAUUCUUCAAUCAAAAGAUUAAUGUGCUUUGCAUAUUUUUCUUCUAAUUUGGCAGGUUUGUGCUGAGGGAUACACUGUGCACAAGUGACACACUUCACCUUUUGACAGCUGACUUCUAAAAAGUUUCAAUUUCAUUUUGAAAGCUUUCACUGCAGCACACGUUUGAAAUAGAAGUUGAUUUUUUCUCUGAAGAUGAAUGUUGAGAUCAUUCAGGUGUGCUGUAAUAUCACAAAAGAAAAAGAGAUCUUGAUUCCAGGACUCAUUUUCAAGCUCUGGGAAUUUUACUGGCCCAUUUUCUAGGAAUUUUGCUACCUCCUCUUUCAAAGCAAUGAAAUGGCGGAGCACUUUUCCUCGACUCAACCACCUCAAUUCCUUAUGGUAGAUCAAGUCGCUGCACUCGGCAUCGACCCUUUCAAGAAAGGCUCUAAGUGUCCUAUGUUUUUAGUCCUCUAGAACGGAUGUAGUUUAACAUGGAAACUACCACUGACAUUACAUCCUCAGAUUUUAAGACUUUGCUACACAAAACCUGCUGAUGUAAAUGCAAUGAUGUUUAGUUAUUUGUCUCCCAAUAAAUUCUUCAAGAAUAACAACUGCACCAACAUUUUUUCCACACAUAGCUGGAGCACCGUCAGUACAAAUGGCCACCAAGCUUGUGAAAUCUAAUCCCGACUUAUCAUUCAUGGACUUUAUCACUUCACUGGAGAUUUCUUUUCCGGUUGUGCGACCUGUCAUGGAGCGCAUGCCAGCAAGUUCUUCAGUAAUUGCAAAGUUAUGAUCAAUACCUCUAAUAAAAAUAAGAAGUUGGGCAGUGUCUUUUAAAUCAGUGCUUUCAUUCAUAGAUAGGGAGUAAAAGCAGAAUUCACUGACUCUCUGCUUUAACUGAUCACUUAGAUUGGUAGAAAUGUCAGCUAUUCUUCUCUGUACAGUCAUGCGUGAUAGACUGACAUUCUCAAAUAUUCCCCUCUUUUCUGGACAUAACUCAGAUACAGCAAUCAAGAUACUUUUUAAAAAACUCGCCUUCUGUGAAGCAUUUCCCAGCAGCAGCAAUGUCCUUAGAAAUUUGGAAGCUUACUUUAGUAACUGUAUCAUUCUCAGUAUGUAAGUACUUAUUCGUCCAUUCAGUGUUGAAAAUGCUGUACUCGGAUCCUCUUUUUCUUUUCACUCAUGGUAGCCAUUACGAAGCUCAAGAUUUUAUUGAAUAAAUUCAUGCACAAGGGAAA